AUGGCAGCCGACGGGAUAUUGAAGUUCCUGGAAGCGACUGCGGCGCUCUGGCCGGACGAGGCGGCGCAGUAUCGAAUCGAGCAGCCCUGUUUUGGGCAGCGGGCCGGUCACGUGGCCGCCUGUCGCAACGCUGGUUUGCUUGGGUUGGUCGAAGAGGAGGGGGGGAGGGGGCGGGGACUCCACAGAAGCAAUAUACUACGCCGCCAGGACUGCAAAGGCGCAUUUGGCCGCCGGCUGCGCCCAGUAGUGGGUGCAGCCGGCGCAAGCCGUCGGCGCCGACCAGCAGCGCUACAGGGGUGUGCAAAACGGGAACUACCAGGAAAGCGCUGUGCGCCCAAGAGCCGCCUCAGAGGUGGCGUGUGGCUUGCACCGGGACACCUCAGUCAGCGGGCGCUGCUGACGGGUCCUCAGUUAGCCCGUGAAGAACACGAGGACCUGCGACUGGACUCCUUGCAACACCAUCUGAGGGAGGCUCCCAGCGAGGAAGAAGCCAGGCCCCCUGCACAACAACCUAGGGGGGCCUGCCCUAACGCUAAACGGCAGAGGAAAACGAUUAUGAAAAACGGACAUGAUGGGGAGGCUGCAACAACCAACUUCAGCAGCUCUCCGACACCAACACCUUUGUCAUGGGUCACCACAUCAGCUGAGACUCUGCACUAUGUUCCCACUGGAGCUGUUGACCAUCUUACCAGCCCAGAGAGUAGUAACGAGAGCCACUGCUGAAGAGCAUCUGGUCAUCAGUAGUCAUUCUGUUGAAGUUGCCAGCAGAGGCAGACCAGUGUGGAGAUAGAACUGUCAGCUACAGGCAUGGAUGUAGAAUGGACAGUUAUCCACAUAAGAAGAUACACUUCAAAAGUUAUUGAAAUCAUACCAUCUGUAAAACACACACAGCAAAGAAGUCCACCACAAUAUUUGUUCUGCAUAGACAAGGCCGCUGCCAAUAGAUAUUAAAGUACCUUGUUUCACUUCAGUUCAUAAACAUGUCCACUGUAUAGGGUCUUCCUUGGAGAGCUCCUUAGAUGAUUACGAGGCGGGACACCUGGUGGGCAGAGCCACCAAACUGGAAGACCUCCCCAGCACAUCAUCACAAAAAAGCAACAAACAAGAAAAUCCAGAAAAUCCAGACCACAUAUUUCUCUGUAUCUACAGAUCCAUCAUCAUGUCGUCAAGCCUUUUUAAGGGUCCAUUUUUUUCCUCCUGUGGGCCUUUGAGACUACAGUGCAAACACAGUUAUGCAGUGGAGCCUCAAAGGCACACUGGACCCUUUGAGGCCAGGGGACCGAAUAGUCCCCGAUCUUCCCUGAGUACAGUUUGGUGCGAUAUAUAUGGCCCCCCCCUUCCCCACUUCUUCACAAUUCCAAUGAAAAUAUUUGCCUUUCAGAGCCAUAGUUUAUCAUAUUUCUUUCUAUCCUUGAACUACGAUGAAGGGGCUCCCUGUGUAACGCCGACUGUGCUCCGGUGGGUGAGAAAUCUCCCGGUUUGCGAGCUCUUAUGCACCACCUGACUUUGUGCCCGCUCUGUCUUCAUCUGAUGAAUCAUCUACAGUUUUUCUUCUUCUUACAAAUAGCAGGUGCAACUGCCAUUGUCUAGUGCAGAAUUCAACAAAUUAACUUACAUUUUUGUUUUUCCACUGUUAUCAGCUAAUAUGUGUGUGACUGUGUGCAUUUCUCUUGCCACGCUUAAUAAAGAAGGGAACCAAAAAUA